GGUCAUUACUUACCACGGGGUUGAGUGUGUGCGAAGCGAUCACUCCAUCAUAAUAAUCACUUCUUUUUCUUUGUUAUCAGAUGUUGGCGACAGGAAGAAUAGCGUGUAGAAGACUAUGUCGUGGAUUUGCAUCUCUGCGAGAAAUGGCAGGGCCAAAUGACCCAACACUGUUGUAUGAACCGAAGUUUCCAGAUAGGCGAGAGUAUCCUGAAUAUGAGACCCUAAAUGUUCGCAUCCAAGGUUAUGAUUUUACCCACAUCGAAAAAUUUCAAGGCUACGUCGACAGAAUGGCGCGACGAUUUAAGUUCAAUGUUAUAGAUAGUUAUGCAGUUGCCGCUCAAACACAACGGGUUGUUGUCUACAAACCUAAUAGCACUAUAGUGGAGAAUGAAGUGAAUUUAUCGCUGUACGACAGAGUGGUAAGGCUUGGAAAUGUACCUGCACCCCAUCUUCAACUUUUCAUCUCCCUCAUCCAAACUCAUGUGCCUGUUGGAGUUACGGUGACCUUCAAAGAACACGAAAAAGCAGACGAGGACUAUCGGUACAUCCCAGAUAUCCUGUUAAAACAGAAGCAAGAAGAAUUGAAGGCAUUAGACGAUCCCGUUGUUCGACGAAAUCUUGGAUGGGAGUAGUGGAUGAACUAUAACGUCAUUUCUGAUUUAUCAUGUACAUAUAGCAAGAGUCGAAGAACGUUUUAUGUGCUCAAAUAAAUAUAAAGUCGUCGA